AUUCACUGUCAACAUUUUGUUACCCAAGCCGGCGGUAGCAGCCUGCCAGUACCCAUGGAAAUGAAGAAGCAACACAUCGUCGUUGCAGGCGGAGGCCUAGGAGGUCUCACAGCAGCGUGCAGAUUGGCACGUGACGGCCAUAAAGUCGACCUUUUCGAGAGAUCACAAUCGCUGUCCACCGCGAGCGGAGCCAUUUUUGUCAGAUCAAAUGGUGUCAGAUGUUUCUACCGAUGGCAGAUGGGCGAAGCCUUUGAAGCUGUGACUGCCCCGAUCAAAGAGCACGAGACUCGGAAUGGCAACACGAAUGAACUGUUGCAUACUCUCGAUCCUGAAAUUUACUCUGAGUUUCCGGAAUGGUCCACUGAUCGCCAGGCCUUGCAGACCGUUUUGUACGAUGAGGCUUGUAAGGCCGGAGCCAAAGUGCACUUUGGAAACGAGAUCGUCACGGUCGAGGAAGAUGAUCAUGCUGCGCAUGCAACUAGCAAGGAUGGCACCAGAGUCACGGCGGAUUUAAUCUUGGCAGCCGAUGGGAUAUCCUCUCGUCUGAGGUCUCAGGUUCUCUCUCACGUUGACCCAUCCCGUCUCACCGUGAUCCGAGCACCUUCGACGCACUACCCGACUGAAAUACCUGGUGAGAUGCUCGUCAAUGACGACAGAACAAAAUCCCUCUGUCAGCAGCCCGAGUCUGAGAACGGAAUCAUGUGGGCUGGCCACGGUGGUUAUGCUAUCGGCAAGUACAAUCACCAUCGAGGCCUGUUCAACAUUAUGUUCUCGAUUCAGCACGGUGCUGCAGAUAGCGAAGCCAGCGAGAAAAAGCUUUUUGACGCGACUGAUGACAGCCAAAUUGUCAGGAGUUUCUUCUCCUCGUUCAAUCCUACGGUCGUUGCUUUGGCAAAUAUGGUACAGAGCUGUUCCCGUUGGCGCCUAGCGAGACUGGAGCCCCUAAGUACGUGGUCGAGUCCGAAGCGGAGGCUAGUACUUCUAGGAGACUCUGCACACGCGAUGCUUCCGAACCUGGCAGAAGGGUUCAGCUCUAUAGUGGAAGAUAUAGAUGCAUUGUCUAUACUGUUCUCGGAGAGCAGCUAGGACGUGCCGACAACGAUCGAGACCUGGGAGAAGAUUCGCAUUCCUAGGGUUACAAGGCUUCAAAAUGGCUCAACGUGGAAUUACAAGCUGUACAACUCUGGCAAACCCCCGGGGUCCGAGUUGACGGACGAGAAAAGAGCAUUACCUAUGGGUGGAGGCGACGGCAACGCGCCAUUCAACACUUUGCCUUUUGAUAAAUGGAUGUUUGACUAUGACACGGCUCAAGAGGUCCGACUUGCAAUGAAAGCCUAGAUACAUCUUCCCUCCACCAUAAUUGCAGACGCGCAACAUUAACGACGUUAGCAAGAGCUUGGAGACUAUAACCGUAGGAUAUACAACAUAUCAAUUUGUAUAUUUUGUGUCCACAGGAAGGAAAGUGUAUAUGCAACCUAUUAGCUCGGACUAAAAGACACAGACUUGGGUACUUACCCUCAACUCAAGAAAGACAAGGCAUAAAUUGCAGGGAUAUAAAUGCAUAGAUUGCCCAUAUUCAGCCUUACAUAGAGAAAGAUACUCAGGACCCAACCAGAAAAGCACACCGCUGCAAGUAAGGGAGUAGAGUUUGCCAAAUGCGGGGAGUCGUCGUACAUUUAAGUAACAAAGAGCC